GGGUUUCAGCAGGAGCCUCCGCGCCGAGCCAGCGCCGACCCGCCGCCGAGCGCUCUGCGGGGCGACCGGGGCGGCCGCGGCACCGGGAGGCACCGACACACCGGGGUGGCCGCGGCGCAGGAGGGCUCUGGAGCGCUGCUGGUACCGGAGCCGCAAGCGGCAUCGAAGCGACCGCGGCACCGGAGCAUCGGGGUACGGGAGAGGCUGCGGGACCUCUUGGCGGAGCCGGAUUCUGCGGGAUGAUUAAAGAAGAUCAAGCCACCCUCUGCUCUGCAAGUCACUAGCAAUGGAACAGAUUAAGGGGUCAGCCAUGCUUCUGCUGGAGCUGCUAAUUCUUGGAGGCCUGAGAGCAGGGAAGGGCUCUGCUGUCCUGGGCACCCUGGAUCUACAAAUAGAUGAGGAGCAGCCAGCUGGCACCAUCAUUGGGGACAUCAGUGCUGGCCUGCCCCCAGGAACUAGUGCCUACAUGUAUUUUAUCUCCGCACAGGAGGACAGCGGCGUCACCACUGAUUUGGGGAUAGAUGAGAACACCGGUAUCAUCAAAACAGCUCGUGUCUUAGACCGAGAGACUCGAGACCGCUACAGCUUCAUUGCUGUUACCCCAGAGGGCAUCACAGUAGAAGUUAACAUCCAAGUGAAUGACAUCAAUGACCAUGCUCCAGCCUUUCCCAAACAGCACAGCACCUUCCAGAUCCCAGAGCACACACCCAUUGGCAGUAGAUUUCCCUUGGACCCAGCCUUUGAUGCUGACAGUGGCCUACUCAAUACACAGGGCUAUGUGAUUAAGGGAGACAAUGUGGGGCAGGCCUUCCGCCUGGAGACACGUCGAGGACCCAACGGGGUCCUGUAUUUGGACCUGGUGGUCAGCAACAUCUUGGAUCGGGAGAACCGUUCGUCAUAUUCGCUGCUGUUGGAAGCCUAUGAUGGUGGCUCUCCUCCCAGGAGCACCCAGAUGACGCUGGAUGUGUCCAUCCAGGACAUCAAUGACAAUGCUCCUAGCUUUAACCAGAGCCGCUAUCACACUCUCAUCUCAGAGAAUUUGAAACCUGGCAGCAGCAUCCUGCAGGUCUUUGCCUCUGACGCAGAUGAAGGUGACAAUGGGGAUGUGAUUUAUGAGAUCAACCGUCGGCAGAGUGAUCCUGACCAGUACUUCACCAUUGACUCCCGGACUGGAGUCAUCAAGCUCAACAAGGGCCUGGACUAUGAAGUAAGGAAGGUGCAUGAGCUGGUUGUACAGGCAAGGGAUAAGGCUGUCCAUCCUGAGGUCACCACAGCCUUUGUCACUAUUCAUGUGCGUGAUUACAAUGACAACCAGCCCACCAUGACUAUCAUCUUCCUGAGUGAGGAUGGCUCCCCGCAGAUCUCCGAGGGAGCCCAGCCCGGCCAGUAUGUGGCACGCAUCUCUGUUUCUGACCCAGACUAUGGCGAGUACUCCAAUGUCAAUGUCACACUGGAGGGAGGGGAUGGCAAGUUUGCUCUCACUACCAAGGACAACAUCAUCUACCUGAUCUGUGUGGACCAGCUUCUGGAUCGGGAAGAAAGGGACUCCUACGAUUUGCGGGUGACAGCUACUGACUCAGGAACUCCCCCUCUCCGGGCAGAAUCAGCCUUUGUGCUGCAAGUGAUGGAUAUCAAUGACAACCCCCCACUCUUUGACCAGCAGGAGUACAAACAGAGCAUCCCUGAGGUUGUGUACCCGGGCAGUUUUGUGCUGCAGGUGACAGCUCGUGACAAGGACCAGGGUCUCAACGGGGAGGUGCGGUACAGUAUUGUGCAUGGCCAGGACGUCCACUCCAGCUGGUUUGCCAUUGACCCUGCCACAGGGAUCAUCACCACCGCUGCCCCACUGGAUUAUGAGAAGGAUCCUCAUCCUCAGCUGACAGUGCUGGCCACAGACAGGGGAACCCCUGCUCUCUCCUCUUCAGCUGUGGUGCAUGUGGCCCUGCAGGAUGUCAAUGACAAUGAGCCAGUGUUCAGGAGUAACUUCUACAACAUGUCCCUGAAGGAGAACACCCCUGUUGGGACCUGCUUCUUACAGGUGACAGCCACAGAUGCAGACAGUGGCACGUUUGGCUCCUUGUCCUACUCCAUUGGUUCUGGCAUUGGCAGCGUUGUCCCCACGCAGUUCAGCAUUGACAAGCACACGGGGCAGCUGUGCACUGUGCAGCUGCUGGAUCGUGAUGAGGGCACGUCUGCCUAUGAUUUCACCAUCACUGCAGUUGAUGGGGGUGGCCUGAACUCCAUGGUGUAUGUGAAGGUUUUCCUGGAGGACAUAAAUGACAACCGUCCGGUGUUUUACCCGCUGGAGUAUGCUGCGAGCAUCAGCACCCAGAGCAUGCCAGGCACAGCAGUGCUGCGUGUUACUGCCCACGACAAGGACGAGGGGCUGAAUGGGAGAGUGACCUACCACAUUGUUCUGGGAAACUCACCCCCUCUCUUCUCCCUCAACAAGGACACGGGUGUCAUCUCCCUCUCAUGGUCCCUGAGUGGUAAAGCCAACACCCUGGUGCAGCUGGUGAUCUCUGCACAAGAUGGUGGGGGCCUGCAGGCACAGCCGAACGCCCGCGUGAACAUCAGCAUCGUGGAGGGGACAGUCUCACCCCCUGUCUUUGAGCAAGCUCAGUACUUCUUCACAGUGCCCGAGGACAUGCUGCAGGGUGCCAGUGUGGGGGCUGUCCGGGCUCAGAACCCUCCAGGCCAUGUUGAUGACAUCUUUUAUUCCAUCUCCUCGGGGGAUCCUCAUGGCUACUUUUCCAUUGAUUCUGCCUCCGGGCAGCUCCGCACCAGCCUGCCUCUUGACCAUGAGUCCCAGGCAAUCCUCAUUCUGGAUGUCCAGGCCCGGAGUGGUUCACCUCCUGCCUAUAGCAACACACGUGUGAAAAUCUCUGUGUCAGAUGUGAAUGACAACGUGCCAGCGUUCCCAGCCCCCUCCGACUCCAUUCUGCUGCCAGAGGCCACGGAACCUGGGACUACAGUGUACACUCUGCAGGCUGAGGACCGUGACAGUGGUGCCAACGGUCAGGUGAAUUUUGAGCUGGUGUCAGGAGGUGACGGCACCUUCAGCGUGGAGCGCUUGUCAGGAGCGGUGCGACUCAUGGGGGCCCUGCAGUAUGAAGCCAGCGCAGCAUACAGGCUGGCCAUCGUGGCCCGUGACAGUGGUGUGCCCCAGCUCAGCUCCACGUUCACGCUGCUGGUGCACGUACAAGCUGAGCAUGAUAACGGGCCCAUCUUUGACACGCUCACCUACCGCGUGGAGGUGCAGGAAGGUGUCCCUGUGUCCACGCGCUUCCUGCAGGUCCGGGCCCUGGCACGCGAUGCAGAAUCCAUGACCCUCACCUACCACCUGCGUGCAGAUGGGGAUGCUGCCAGCUUUGGCAUCAUGCCCGAGAGUGGUUGGCUUUAUGUCAAAAGUGCUCUGGACCGUGAGACACGGGACCUGUACGUGCUCACAGUGCUGGCCUCAGCGGGAGGCAGCGGUGCUGGGGGGGAAGCCCGGAAAACGGGCACCAGCACUGUACGGAUCAGCAUCACUGAUGAGAACGACAACAGCCCCCGGCUGAGUGAGGAGCGUUACUUCUUCACCAUUCCUGAGAAUCAGGCUCCUGGCAGCAGCGUGGGGAGGGUGAUGGCGAGUGACCGGGAUGCUGGGCAGAACAGCCGGCUCACCUACCGCCUGCUCCAGCAUGAUCCCAACUUCCUGAUCCACACGCAGACAGGGGAGCUCAGCACUAAGCAUAGCCUGGACCGGGAGCAGCAGUCCAGCUACCAGCUCCUGGUGAUCGUGCAAGAUGGGGGAGCACCGCCCCGCAGUGCCACAGGAACCAUCUAUGUCACUGUGCUGGAUGAGAACGACAAUGCUCCCGCUUUCCUUCACGUGGGCAGUGGUCAGGAGCUGCCCGUGCAGGUGCUGGAAGAGAAGCCUUCGGGAGUUCUAGUCGCCUCCCUGCAGGCCAAGGAUCCCGACGAGGGCGAGAAUGGGACCAUCAUCUACUCACUGAUAGGAGCCUGGGCAGAACGUUUCACCCUGCACGUGGCUACUGGGGAGCUGCGCACUGCCACCGUCCUGCGCCGCUCGGACCGUGCGGAGUACCUCUUCACUGUGACAGCCAGCGACCGCGGUGUGGUGCCCCGCAGCACGUCAGCCAGCAUUCGCGUUCAGGUGCUGCCAUCCUCUCGGGUGCUGCCGCGGCCUGACGCCACUGUGCUGACCCUGCAUCCUCUUGAGGGGGUCAAGCCAGGCUCUGUGAUCGGCUCAGUGGCACCCCCAGAUGCUCCUGCGCGAGGACAGCUGACCUACACGCUGGUAGGAGGUGGUGGGGAUGGCACCUUUGUGGUUGACAGUGUGACAGGGGAGAUUUACGCUGCCCGGGAGCUGGACUACGAAGCUGGGGCACGGCAUGUGCUUCAGGUGAGCGCUGAAGACACGCAGCAUGGAUACCCCUCCAGCCGGCUGGUGCUGGUCCAGAUCCACGUGCAGGACUGCAAUGACCAGGCACCCACCUUCCCCGAAGACCCCAUCACCAUUGUGGUGCCCGAGAACGCCCAGGCUGGCUCGUCCAUCUUCACCUUCCAGGCACUGGACGGGGACGGGGUGGGUCCCAACAGCCAAGUGCGGUACAGGCUGCUGCACCAGGAGCCAUCCGGGGCACCCUUCCAGCUCGACGGCCGCUCAGGGCUGCUCACCCUCCGCCGGAGCCUUGACCGGGAGGCUGCUGCCUCCUUCCUCUUGGUGGUGGAGGCCACGGACCAGGCUCGCAACAUCAGCCAGCGCCGCUCAGCAGCCGUCACAGCCCGUGUGUUCGUGACCGAUGAGAACGACAACGCGCCCGUGUUCCUCUCGCCCACUGCCGUCAGCGUCAUGGAGGACCAGCCAACGGGGUUCGUGGCACUGCAUGUGGUGGCCCAGGACAAGGAUCUGGGGGAGAAUGGGCGUGUGAGCUACUCGCUGAGAGCAGGCAACAGUGAUGGACGCUUCCACCUGAACCCCAGCACUGGCGCGCUCUCCAUUGUGCGGGCUCUGAACCGGGAGGAGGUGGUGCAGCACAACCUGACCGUGGUGGCCAUGGACCACGGCUUCCCGCGCCGCUCCGCCACACAGCUGCUGGCCGUGCUAGUGCUGGAUGUCAACGAUGAGGCUCCCACUUUUGAGAAACCCGAGUAUGAAGCUCACGUCAUGGAGAACUUGCCGGCUGGCAGCCCUGUGCUGCAGGUGCUGGCCACAGACCGGGACCUGGGUGCCAAUGGGCAGGUGUCCUAUGGGGGUCUCUCUGGGGGGCCCUUCUCCAUCCACCCACAGACAGGGCUCAUCAUCACCACACACGCCCUGGACCGCGAGGAGCAGGAGCAACAUGUGCUGAUGGUCUAUGCUCGGGAUGGUGGCCUGCCCCCCAAUCUCUCCAAGGCAACUGUGCGGAUAACAGUAGGGGAUGAGAAUGACCACGCGCCACACCUCGAAAGCGAGUCCUGCUCCGUGGAGGUCCCGGAGAACCAGAGUCGUGUGGCACUCUACACCCUGCGGGCCACCGACCCCGAUGGAGGCGAGAACGGGCGCCUGGAAUACCGCCUGGCAGGUGGAGACCCUGGGCAGGAUUUCAGCCUAGACCCAGUCUCUGGUGUCCUCUCCACUGCACAUGCUCUUGACCGGGAGCAAGUUGCUUCCUACAGCCUCACAGUGGUGGUGCAAGACCAUGGCACCCCCCCACGCAGUGCCACCAUGUCUGUGCACGUGCAGGUGCUGGACCUCAAUGACAACGCUCCUGGUUUCACUCAAGCUGCCUACAUGGUGGAGGUGCCAGAGGACUUGCCUGUCGGUGCCCUGGUGCUGCAGCUGGUGGCUCAUGACCCGGAUGAGGGCACAAAUGGGCAGGUCUCUUACUACCUGGGCAACGAGUCCCUUGGCAUGUUCCAGGUCGAGCCGCAGAGUGGGCGUAUCAGCAGCGCCCAGGCACUGGACCGGGAGCGCCAGCCCAGCUACAGCUUCCUCGCCAAGGCUGUGGACUCGGCACCAUGGGAGCCCAAGAGCGCAGCCGUGCGUGUCACCGUCACGGUGCGAGAUGUCAAUGACCAUGCCCCUGCCUUCCUGCACAGCCCACUCACCGUCAACUUGUCCCGCCACACACCACUCAAGCAGGUCGUGGCCACCAUGAGGGCAGAGGACAGGGAUGCGGGUGCUAAUGCCUCCAUCCUGUACCGCCUUGCCACCCCCAACUCUGCCUUCGCCAUCAACUCCUACACCGGGGAUAUCCAACUGCUGCAGCCCCUGGGCUCACUCAGCCAGCGCCAGCGGACGCUCUUCAUCCUGGCCACAGACCUGGGGCAACCGGCACUCUCCUCGACGGGGGUGGUGGUGAUCCAUGUGCAGGAAGAGCCUUUCCGCGGGCUGCGCUUUCCCCGGAGCACCAGUGACGUGGCUCUGCCGGAAAACGCUGCCCCAGGCACUGCAGUGGCGAGCAUCCAGGCCAUGCACACAGGGGGCUCCUCCGGGCGCAUCACCUACAGCAUCAUCAGUGGCAAUGAGAAGGCGGCUUUCCUCAUCCAGCCCAGCUCAGGUGCCAUCUCAGUCCAGGACUCCAGCAGCCUGGAUUUUGAGGCCAGCCCCCGGCUGCGCCUGGUGGUCCAGGCAGAGACAGCGGCUUCCUUCGGCUUCAUGGCCAUAAACCUGAACCUGCAAGAUGUGAAUGACAACCUGCCACGCUUCCAGCUGCAGAACUAUGUGGCGUUCAUCUGGGAGUCACAGAGCUACGACUCGCCUGUCAUCCAGGUCCUGGCAGAUGAUUUGGAUCAGGGAGCAAAUGGGCAGGUGACUUAUGCCAUCAACCAGUCCCUGCCAAUGACAGGCUUGUAUCACAUCGAUCCUCAGACUGGCACCAUCACUACUGCUGCCAUCCUGGACAGGGAGAUCUGGUCUCAGACCCGUUUGGUGGUAACGGCCAUGGACAGAGGGACCCCGCCGCUGGUGGGCUCGGCCACGCUGACUGUGGUGGUGAUGGACGUCAAUGACAACAGCCCCACCAUCCCGUUUCCCUGGGAGGUGCGGGUCCCAGAGAACACGCUGCUGGGCACACAGAUAGCCCAGCUAACCGGGAACGACGUGGACUCAGGCCCUGCACUCUCCUACACGCUCCUGCUGGAUGGGGAUGCUGUGGGCACGUUCAGUGUGCUGCGCUACGGCGGGCGCAUUGCGCUGACAGGGCCGCUGGACUAUGAGCAGCGCAGCCACUACACGCUCACCCUGCGAGCCUCCGACACCCGCCACGAGACCGAGGCCAACCUCACUGUCAUUGUGGAGGAUGUGAAUGACAACGCUCCAACUUUCAGCCAGAGCUUCUAUCAGGUGCCGCUUGCCGAGCACACGCCUGCAGGCAGCAUCAUUCUCACCGUGAGCGCAACUGACCCGGAUGCAGGGACCAAUGGGAAUGUCACCUUCUGCCUGGCCAUGCCCAGCCCCGAUGUCGCCAUCGACCCCAGCAAUGGGACACUCUUCACCCUCCGGCAGCUGGAGUUUGAUGCCAGUCAGCCCACCCUGGACCUGGUGGUGAAGCCAUGACCACGGCUCGCCAGCCUCUCCUCCUGGGCCACAGUGCAGCUCCAGGUGCUGGAUGUGAAUGACCACAGCCCCAGCUUCCAGGAGCCACGCUACAACGCCAGCAUCCCUGAGGACCUGCGCCCAGGAACUACAGUGCUGACCAUGGAAGCAGGCGAUGCGGAUGUCUCCAGGGAGAAUGCUGGCUUUGACUACACCAUCGUCAGUGGCAACGGUGGCAACGCCUUCCGCGUGGAGAGCCGGGUAGCCUGGGCUGGGGGACACCUCCGCACGCAGGGAGCCUUGGUGCUUGUGGAGCCCUUGGACUUUGAGGCCAUCCCGGUCUACAACCUCACUGUGGCGGCCUCAGACCGGGGCCUGCCACAGCGCAGCACCACCGUGCCUGUGCUCAUCACCGUGCAGGAUGUAAACGACAACCCGCCCGUGUUCACGCGGGCCGAGUACCGCACAGCGGUGAGCGAGAGCGCACCACCUGGCACCGAGCUGCUGCGCCUGGUGGCCCACGAUGCUGACUCGGGGCCCCGCGGUCACGUUCACUACACCAUCAGUUCAGGGGACCAGCACGGGCUCUUCCAGCUGCACGAGAGCACCGGGGCCCUGUGCCUGGCGCAGCCACUGGACCGGGAGGUGCAGGCGCUGCACGCGCUCGUGGUGCAGGCCACAGAUGUGCCAGGCGGGCACUUUGCACUGGUACCGGUGGCCAUCGAGGUGAGGGAUGUCAAUGACAACAAGCCGUACUUCCCGGUGGAGGUGCUGAGUGCCAGCAUGCGGGAGAACCUGCCUCCUGGCACACUGGUCACCACGCUGCGUGCUGUCGACGCGGACAGUGGUGUCUUCGGGGAGCUGCGGUACACGGUGCUGGAACAGGCAGUGGGGGAGCCCGGUGUGGCUGAGGGCCGCGAUGCUUUUGCCAUCAACAGCAGCUCUGGGGAGCUGCGCUCCCGCCUUACUUUUGACUAUGAACGAGCCAAAGCCUUCCAGUUUCUUGUCAGGGCCACGGAUACUGGCAAUGCCUCUGCCACAGUGACCGUGCGGGUGCUGGUGACGGGGGAGGAUGAAUACGACCCCAUCUUCCUGAGCCCCUCCUUCAACUUCGAGGUGCCAGAGGGAGCCCGCAAAGGGCAGAGCAUCGGACGGGUGCUGGCAACAGAUGAGGAUGAGGGGGCUGACGGCGUCGUACUGUACUCCCUGGCAAAGCCCUCACCGUACUUUGCCAUCAACCAAACCACAGGCACCAUCUACCUGCGUGUGGACAGCCAGCCACAGGCUGGGGCCGGGCGCGCCAAGAGGGAGCCACGUGAGAUGAGCCUGGAGGUGCAGGCGCGCAGCCCCCUGCCUGCCUCGCGCUCGGCCUCGGCGCAGGUCACCAUUGAUGUUACACACACCUCCUUUGGCCUGGCUCCCGACCUCAACCUGCUGCUGGUGGCCGUGGCCGCCUCGCUGGGGGUCGUGGUGGUGCUGGCUGCCGUGGCCAUUGUGUUGGCGCUGGUCCGCUCCCGGCACCGCCGGGGCCACGAGAAGCCGGAGGGAGAUGGGCCGCUGGGCCGCGUGCCAAGUGGAUCCCUGCAGAAGCUUGGCCGCGAGGAGCCGGCGCUUCCCGGGAGCGAGCACAUUUACCACCAGGCCCUGCCGGGGUACGGCGGUGAGCCGGCAGGGCCCUACACGCGGGGCGGCUCGCUGGACCCCUCGCACUCCAGCGGCCGAGGCUCUGCCGAAGCCGCUGAGGAUGACGAGAUCCGGAUGAUCAACGAGUACCCGCGUGUGGCCAGCAUCACCUCCUCCAUGCAGGAGCACAUCUCUGCCCGUGGCCCCGACUCUGGCAUCCAGCAAGAUGCCGACCAGCUCUCCGACAUCUCCUGCGAGCCAGCUGCCCUGGAGAGCACCCAGUGGUUCAAGAGCAAAAGGGCUCUGGGCUGGCUGCUGCCGGGGCCGCCACCGCUGUACCGCGAGGAUGGAGGUGGUAGCGCUUUCCUCGGUGUGCGCUGUGGCCUUAGUGUCUCUUCCAGCCUCAGGACUACAACCUUCCCGGAGGAUGGCAAGCCCUCUGUGGAGGCUCGCUCAACUGCCAUCGUGGCCAGCGAUGAGGAGCUCCGUGGCAGCUACAACUGGGAUUACCUGCUGAACUGGUGCCCCCAGUUCCAGCCACUGGCCAGCGUCUUCACAGAGAUCGCCCGCCUCAAGGAUGAGAGCUCUUUGCGCAAGCCCUUCCCGACCAAGCCCAAGGCAGAGCCCAAGCCCCGCAUCGACCCCCCACCCCUCAUCACCUCGGUGGCCCACCCGGGUGCCAAGUCUGUGCCCCCCAAGCCACCGCCGGGCAGGACCUUCCCACACCCAUCCUCCCUGCGCCGCUCGCCCAUCAGCCACGAGGGCUCCAUCUCCUCCUCUGCCAUGUCGCCCAGCUUCUCCCCCUCGCUCUCCCCGCUGGCCGCCCGCUCCCCCGUGGUCUCGCCCUUUGGCAUCUCCCAGGGGCCUUCUGCCUCUGCCAUCAGCGCCGAGCACUCGCUGGAGCCCCCCGAGGAGGCUGAGCUCAGGAUUUAG